GUGGAAGCACCGAAGAGACUUUGGGGUUGAAAAGUGACGAUUUAGUACAGAGUGUGAAGUUUCAGAGCGGAGGAGAGAAGUCUCUUCUUGUAACUGUUUUACUAACUGCUUUCACGACGGAGUGUUGUCAGAAAGAUUUCAAAUUUGAACAAUUUGCUUCUUCAAUUUCUAGAAAGGUGUGAAAUUGGGGCUCUGUCAUCUUCCCCUCUUCAAUUGAUGCAUCUGGGUCUUUAGGGUUUGAAAGGAAAUGUUCACUCCACAAAGGAAUCGGUGGCCGGAGACUGACCGGAAAGGAAAGGCGAUAGCUUUUUCCGACGAAAUCAUGACGCCGUCUCCGCCAAGGGGGCUCCUAAGAGAGGAUGAUGACUGGCGAAAGUUCAAAGAGGUUGGUUUGCUUGAUGAAGCUUCACUGGAGAGAAAAGAUCGUGAUGCGCUUAUAGAGAAGAUCUUAAAGCUUGAAAAAGAGCUGUUUGAUUACCAACAUAAUAUGGGGCUUUUGCUAAUUGAGAAAAAGAAGUGGACUUCGACAAAUGAAGAACUUCAACAAGCAUUUGAUGAAGUUACGGAGAUUCUCAAACGUGAAAGGACGUCACAUUUGAUUGCUUUAAACGAAGCUGACAAAAGAGAAGAGAAUCUUAGGAAGUCUUUGAACGCCGAGAAGCAAUUUGUUGCUGAGCUUGAGAAGGAUUUGAAAUAUUGGCAACAAGAACAUUCUGAGGUGAAGUCUACUUCUGAGGCAAAGUUAGCUGAAGCAGAUGCUUUGGUUAUGGGUAUGAAGGAAAAAACUUUAGAGGUGGAUAGAGAGAGGGCUAUUGCUGAAGAAAAGCUUUCAGUGAUUAAUAGAAAAAGUUCUGAGUUAGAAAGGAAACUUAAGGAGGUAGAGACUCGUGAAAAGGUGCACCAAAGGGAGCAUCUUUCUCUAGUUACAGAACGAGAAGCUCAUGAGGCAGUGUUUUACAAGCAAAGAGAAGACCUACAGGAUUGGGAGAAGAAGUUAACACUAGAAGAAAAUAGGUUGUCUGAAGCUAAAAGAAGCCUUAACCAUAGAGAAGAAAGAAUUAUGGAAAAUGAAAGAACUAUCAAGAAGAAAGAGAAGCUCCUUGAAGAGAUGCAGCAAAAGACAGAUAUUGCUAAGUCAGAAUUAACGGAGAGAGAAGAAUCUAUAAACACUUUGCUAAAUGACAUUUCUAAGAAGGAAAAAGAUUUUGAAGCCGUGAAGGCUAAAGUUGAUAUCAAAGAGAAGGAACUCCAUGAAUUUGAGGAGAAGCUUAUUGUGAGGGAGCAGAUGGAGAUUGGGAAGCUCCUUGAUGAUCAGAAGACUGUUUUAGAUUCUAGAAGACAGGAGUUUGAAAUGGAGCUUGAACAGAUGAGGAGAUCCCUUGACGAAGAACUUGAGGGAAAGAAAGCUGAUAUUGAGCAACUGCAAGUUGAGAUCAACCAAAAAGAAGAGAAGUUGGCGAAGAGAGAGGCAGCUUUGGAGAAAAUGGAGGAAAGACUGAAGGUGAAAGAUAAGGAUCUUGAAGCAAGGCUAAAAACUGUGAAGGAAAAUGAAAAAUCUUUUAAAGCCGAAGGGAAAAAGCUGCAUUUGGAAAAUCAACGAUUGCUCGAAGAUAAAGAAUGUUUGCGUAAACUAAAAGAUGAGAUUGAAGAGAUCGGAGCUGAGACAACAAAGCAGGAGUCAAGGAUUCUAGAAGAAAAUGAAAGUCUCAGGAUUACAAAGGAAGAGAGACUUGAGUUUCUGAGGCUGCAGUCUGAACUGAAACAGCAGUUAGAUAGAGUUGAGCAAGAGGAGAAGUUGCUCUUAAAGGAACGUGAAGAACUGAAACAAGAUAAGGAAAGAUUUGAGAAAGAGUGGGAAGUUUUGGAUGAAAAGAAGGCUGACAUAGCUAGAGAGCAAAAAGAAGUUUUCGAAGAAAAAGAGAAAUUGAGAAGGUUGCAAAUAUCAGAGAAGGAUAGGUUAAAUAGAGAAGAGAUGACAUCAAGGGAUGAUUUGAGGAGGGAGUUGGAUGGUGUCAAGAUGCAGAAAGAAUCAUUUGAAGCAGACAUGGAGAUUAAGAAACUAGCUUUGCAUGAAAAUGCCAAAAAUAAGACCAAUCAGUUGGUUGAAGAUCUUGAGAAGCAAAAAAGGAAUCUUGACAUGGAGUUGCAAAGGCAAGAAGAAGAGGGUGAGAGAGAUUUUAAUGAGAGGGCGAGAACGUAUGAGAAGAGAAGCCAAGAAGAGCUUGAAAACAUUAAUUACACAAAGAAGCAGGCUCAGAGGGAGAUUGAAGAAGUGCAAUACGAGAAGCUUGCUCUGGAGAAGGAAAGAGACGAAAUUUCUAUCCAAAAGAAGCUGUUGAAAGAACAAGAAGUUGAGAUGCAUAAGGACAUCACUGAGCUAGAUGUACUUAGAAGCUCGUUGAAGGAGCAACGAGCAGAAUUCAUCAGUACAAGGGAGCGUUUCCUAGUAUUUCUGGAAAAACUUAAGAGCUGCAGUUCCUGCGGAGAAAUAGCCGAAAAUUUUGUUAUGUCCGAUCUUCAACUUCCUGAUGUUAAAGAUGGGGACAAACUUUUUGGGAAACGGAAAUUAAAAGCAGACGAAGCUUUAAACAUUUCUCCCAGCGCAGAAAUUAGCAGGAAAACAUCUUUUAUUGGGAAAAUUGCUUCAAAGCUGUUAAGUAUAUCACCGAUUGGGAAGACAGAUAAAGUCACUGAUCUGGGUAUAACAGUGAAGCUUCCAAAAUCCUCGCAACGUGAUGAUAAUCUGGAUACAGUGUCAGGCGAUGAUCACGAACCAUCUGCUACUGAACAGAGUUUUACAGAUAGUAGAAUACAAGAAGGUCCUGAAGUUUCCCUGCAAUCAGAAAUACAGAGUGAAAAACCUAGACGUGGUAGAGGUAGGGGUAAGUCUGUUAGAGGAAGAUCGCAAGCAACAAAAGCUGCUUCUAAAGAUUUAAAACCAUCUGAUGUAGAAACUCCAAGAAAGCGACAACGCGAACAUGCAUCUAGAAUCACAGAAAGUGAACACACAGCUGGUGAUAGCGAUGAGGGUGUAGAUAGUGUCGCAACUGGUGGACGUAGGAAGAAGAGACAAAUAGCCGUUCCAGUCUCUCAACCGCCUGGGCAAAGCCGAUAUCAUCUUAGGAGACAUAGAAAUGUAGGAACAGAAGAAGAUAAAGCACAAGCAUCAACAGGUGCCACAGAAAAACAAGAAAGUGUCAAUGGUGAUAUCAGAACAGUGGCAAGUCCAAAGGAUACUCUUACUCUACCACAAGGUGAGAUUAGAGAAAGUGGCAAAGCUGAAGUAUUAGUGGAAGCGGUAACAUAUGAGGAGAUUGUUAGGGUUGAAGCAGAGACUGGGUUCAAGGAUAACAACACCGGAAAGAGGGCAGUCGAAGAUGCACAGUUAGAAACAGGAGGCAUCAGUGAAAUAAGAGAGCAUGGUGAAGAUGAUGAUGAGAAUUUCAGCAUGAUCGAAGAGGAGAACGAAGGAGAAGGAGAAGCAACAGAGCGCCAAGGUGAUGCUUCCAUAGGAAAGAAGAUUUGGGUCUUUUUCACAACCUGAUCAUGUUUCCUUUAUUUCUCUCUAAAAGACAAAAACUAUCCCACAAGUAGGAUUUGCAACAUCUUGUUAUGUGUUGGUUCUUUUUUUAAACUUCACUUUCUUUUCUAAGCAACCGAAACAAAAAGGAAGUAAAUCUUGGAAGGCAUGAGCAUGUUAACAAAAUGUAAACA